AUGGCUGGAGGCUUCAGCCGUUGCCAGUUCUGCGUGUUCGACUCCCGCGUGGCCGACGGGGUGGAGAACGAGAGCUUCGAACCCUACCAGCGGUCGAGCGCCUCGUUCACCUUCGACUCGGUCAACGAUAAGGAGCGAAUCCAGGGCCUGCGACGGUACCUCGCGAGCAUCGGCGGCGAAAACGCCCUCGUCGACGACACGUUUUCCAUCCCAAUCACGCGAAUCACCAUGAUGAAGAACUACGAUCUGCACGUCAAGGUGCUGGACGUCGUGAGGGACAAGGGCAAGGUGACGCUCGUGGUGUGGGACGGGAGCGACGCGCGGCCGUUCGUUCCCGGCACGAACCUGAACGACGCUCCGGGCGACGGGAACACCUGCCACUACUGGAUGCCGUGCGGGCAGGAUUUUCCCGUGGAGAAUGGCACGUUCGCGGGAGAGACGAAGCCCCCGGGGCUGGGAACCGCGUUUCCGGUGCUGUUGAGGCAGUUCGACAUCGACGCCGAGGACUUGCCGGAGAAGGGGCAGUGGAUUCGGCUGCGUCAGCUGUCGUCGUGGGUCAAGAACGGCCAGCUUCAGGGUCUCUUUGUGCAGUCGUCAAAGUGGGCACCCGCCGAGCCCAACCAGGCGUGGCUCACGGCGUCGAGGGAGAGAGACGCGCGCCGGCAGGUGUCGCUCUGGGCGAACGAGCAGGUGGGCGCGACGAACGGUAACAACGGUCAGCCGCAGGGCUCGGGUGCGUUCGAGAUGCCCGGGCAGGUGCCCUUCGGUCUGACCAGGACGAUGCACGAGAAUCAGCCUUUACGUUCCAUUCGCGAGAUUCUCAUGGCCCCGGCGCCGAACAGGCACCGGUGCCUCGUGCGGAUCAUCCAGCACUUCCCCAAGGACGUCCACGACCUGUGUGCCGAGAGUGUCGAGCCACCGGCGGCGAAGCGCAAGAAGGGCGCCAAGGGGAAGAGCGCGGAGGAAGAUAAGAAGUGGACCAAGUGGGAGUGGAACCUGCGUUUGUUGAUUGAGGACGCCACGGGUAAGAUGACGGUGAACGUCGCGCCGGAGGAUGGCCGAGAGUUCUUCCCGCACAUCGAACCGUGCGACCUCUGGGAUAAGGACGGCGUCUUCGUCAAGCUCGAGAAGACGAUGAGGGCGCUGACGGUGAAGGAGGACCGAGUUCCGGGAGAGGGUUGGGUGCAGAUGUGCGUCAUGUCGUACGUCGGCGAGGACGGGCGGAGGCACCACAGACUGUUCGGCACCCGCGUGUUGUAG